GAACGAAUGCUAUAAUGUUUUAAAAGAAGAUAUAGAAGUACUCUCUCGUGUUGUUCAGGGAAACAACAACAAAUCUCGAAAGUUGGAAUCUUUGCGUACUAAAUUAAAACAGAAUUGUAGAACUGAAAGCACACCGUGGCCACUGUUGGUGGAAGUUUUAACUACCAACUGUGAACGAGGAAACACACAGUUAAUGAUUAAUAGCAGAACCCAAGUGAUAAUCUUUGCUAGCGAGUGUGGCACUUGGACUGAGAUGGGGUACGCUACAAACGGGGUUGUGUGUGUACUAUUCGACGAGUACGAGCCAAAUCUUGUUAUCAUUAUUGUAUUAUUAUACUCCAACCUCCGCUGUGCUGUUGGUGGCAGGACAAUGCCCAGUCACCCCAGAUUGACUGUUG